GAGUGCAAAAGCACGCACAAUUGUUUUACUUGCCGUGGCCGGCAUCACACGUUGUUGCACCGAAACAACCCCUUUUCCAGUAAUUCAAGCCCUUUAAAUCCUGCAAGGCCAAUUUCCGCUAAUCAGGCCAAUUUCGUUCCAAAUGAGCCAGCCGGUGUUCAAAAUUAUUUCGCCACGGGCUCAAGAGCUAUCCUUCUUAGCACUGCCGUAAUCAAUAUUUCCCAUCUUGGCACUAAAUUUAAGGUACGCGCCCUGAUCGACUCCGGAUCAGAGGCAACAUUCAUAACCGAGCGACUUUUCAAUCUAAUUAGAUUGCCAUUCCAGGUGGUUCAAGCCCAAGUCUCAGGCUUAAACCAAACAGUAGCAGCUCAGUCCAAGAAGCUCUGCAGUUUCACCAUCCGAUCUCCGACUAGGCCCGCGUUGCAGUUGGAGACGACGGCCUAUGUCCUCCCACAUCUAACCGGAAAUCUGCCUUCCUACCCAAUUCCGCAAAAUUUCCUUCGGGAUCUUCCUGAUUUUCCACUGGCGGAUCCAAAUUCUAUGAGAGCGCACAAAUAGAUGUCCUUAUCGGAGCCGACAUUCUGCCUUCGGUGCUUCUGAGAGGAGCAAAAACCAACAUGUGUGGCUCUCUCUUGAGGCAAGAGACCAUUUUCGGCUGGGUACUAGCUGAGGCCAGUGUCAGCCUCAGCACAAAGCAGAAUAUUCUCCUUUUCGACGCAGAUCGCCCACGCGUAUGAUAAUUCCCUGGACAAACUACUCACAAAGUUUUGGGAGGUGGAGAAUUUACCAACAAAGUUGGUAAAAGAAUCCGAUUCCAUGUGCGAGAAGAAUUUCCUUCAAACGACCACGAGAGACGAGUGCGGCAAAUAUGUCGUUACUCUGCCUUUUCGCGACUCAGAAUAUCGGUUCUGGACUAGGGCAUUCCAGGAUUUUCGCGUUGGCUCAGUUUUUAAGAAAUGAGCAGCGUCUAAAAAGAGAUGAGGCCUUGAAGGCGAGAUACGAUUCGGUGAUCCAGGAAUAACUCGACUUAAAGCACAUGCGACAAGUUCUUCCUACCCAUGAUUGCAACGCCUAUUAUAUGCCACAUCACGCCGUCUUAAAACCGGAGAGCGUAACUACUAAACUUCGUGUAGUAUUCAAUGCCUCCAGCCCUUCAUCGAAUGGUACCAGUUUAAAUGAUAUCCUUCAUGCUGGCCCUGUCUUAAAGUCCGACUUGACCAAUCAAAUUCUGAAGUGGCGCUAUUUCCGAUACGUGUUCAGCGCCGAUAUCGAGAAAAUGUAUCGGCAGAUCUGGGUAGAUCCGAAACACACUCCAUUCCAGCGAAUACUUUUCCGUAACAAUAGAGGGGAAAUCAGAGAUUUCAAAUUGAAAACAGUAACCUUUGGAGUCAAUUGCGCGCCUUUCCUGGUCAUCCGAGUACUGCAGCAGCUAGCAGCUGACGUAGAACUCAGCCAUCCAAAAGCUAGCAAUAUCAUUCGAAAUUUCAUGUAUGUGGAUGAUGUUUUAGCCGGAGCGGACUCCACGGAAGAAGCUCAGCUCAUGGUGCAAGAGCUCCGAGACGCUCCGAAUUCCGCCGGAUUUCCAUUGAGGAAAUGGACCUCCAACCAAAAGGAAGUUUUAGCGGCCAUUCAGAGCGACCAUUUCUUAAAUACUGAUUUUUUCGAGAUCGAUGCAGAAAGCACUGCCAAAAACCUCGGUAUUCGCUGGAAGGCAACCUCCGACGAAUUCAUCUUCGUCCCGCCAGAGUUGGCUGUUGAAAUGUCCUUUACAAAACGCCAAGUCCUGUCCCAAAUUGCCAAAUUGUUCGACCCUGCAGGCUGGUUAGCGUCGUUUAUCGUUCGAGCUAAAAUUUUCAUGCAGGAGAUUUGGCUGCAGGAGCUUGGGUGGGACGAAAACAUUCCAAAUGAGCUUUUUCAGCGAUGGCUUAAUUUUCUUCGAAGUUAUUCGGUUUUAGAGCAGAUACGCAUUCCACGCUGGCUCUCGUUUCAUCCAGAGUUCAAAGUCGAGCAUCAUGGCCUUUGCGAUGCAUCGCAAAAGGCUUAUGGGGCGGCAAUAAAUGUCCGCGUAGAAGUGGGGGGCCUCAUUAUGGUGCAACUCCUAACCGCGAAGACCCGGGUAGCACCAGUCAAAACGGUUUCGCUCCUAAGACUGGAGCUGAGCGGAGCGUUAUUGCUUUCCGAAAUGGCUACAGCCAUCAUUUCACAGAUGCCUACGAUAAAUUCCGAACUUUACUGUUGGAUGGACUCCACGAUAAUGCUUGCAUGGUUAAGCAAGCCAGCGUGCCAGUAGACCACAUUUGUAGCCAAUAGGGUGACGAAGAUCGCCCAGGCCACAAAAACAGAGCAAGUAGAGGGUUUCCCUCCAAGAUCUAGCCGAUAGCCAGUUAUGGUGGCACGGACCGACUUGGAUGCAAAAUCCACGCAACCAAUGGCCAACUCAGGUCGACAACGCUCCGGUGACCGACGUGGAGAAGGGUGCUCUAAAGUCCAUCUCGCAAAAGCUCCUUCUGAAGAGUUGUUGGCACGUUUCUCCAAGCUUGAGAAAGCUCUACGGGUCCUUGCUUAUGUUCAUCGCUUCAUUCAGCGGUGCAAGAAGCAGACAUCUCCAUCUGAUGUGCAUUUGCUGGCCACUGAAAUCGCCGCCGCCGAGCGGUUCCUAAUUUCGAACACUCAGCGCAGAGAAUUCCCUGUGGAAUAUCACUGCCUAAGUGAAAAGCGUCCAGUGCCAAGUUCAAGUGCCAUUCUAAGCAGGAACCCGUUUCUAGAUCCGCAAGGACGGAUCAGGGCGUGCGGCCGUGUGGCGGCUUCCGAAAGCCUUUAAUACAAUGAACGGCAUCCAGUGAUUCUUCCGCUUUCUCGCCACUUUGCGAAUUUCACUCAUCGCAUAACUCUCCAUGGUGGUAACCAGUUAAUGGUGCGCCUCAUCCGGUCGAAAUACUGGAUUCCGAGAAUUAGGAACCUGAUGAAAGCAGUAGUAAAUUCGUGCAAAGUAUGUGUUAUCCACAAAAAUCGGUUGCAAAGCCAACUAAUGGGUCUCCUGCCCAAAGAAAGAGCAUCGUUCUCCCGACCAUUUACAUAUACUGGCAUGAAUUACGCCGGUCCGUUCGAUAUAAAGAACUAUACGGGAAGAGCAUGUCUUAUUACAAAGGGGUAUGUGUUUGUUUUUGUUUGUUUCUCCAACAAGGCCAUCCAUUUAGAGCCUACAUCUGACUUAACGACCGAAAAGUUUCUUGCCGCUUUCGCUCGUUUUGUAUCCAGAAGAGGGUGUCCACGUCAAGUCCAGUCAGUCAAUGGCAAAACCUUUGUUGAGAUGCAAUGGCAAUUUAUUUCUCCGGGGGCACCCCAUAUGAAAGGCCUUUGGGAAGCAGGCGUAAAAAGUUUUAAGACGCUAUUUUACAAAUGCACUGCCACACGAAAAUACACGUUCGAAGAACUCUCCACGCUUUUGGCAAAAAUAUAAGCAUGCCUUAACUCCAGGCCGCUCUCUCCUAUGUCUGAGGAUCCGACAGAUUUGCUGGCUCUGACGCCAGGUCAUUUCCUUAUCGGGGGACGCCUUAUGUCCACGGUGGAACCCGAAGAAAAAGGAGAAACGAAAUCCAUUCUUAAUCGGUGGCAGCAUUUGAAAGCUAUCCAUCAGCAGUUCCGUGUGCGAUGGAAAGAAGAGUACCUCAAAGAACUCCACAAGCGCACUAAAUGGCAGGCCCCGUCCAAAAAUCAUCAAGGACGACAACUUACCCUC